AUGGCUGAUAAAUCACUUUUGGACAAAGCUUGGGAAAAGACUCAAACCAAGACUUUCACAAGUUGGGUAAACUCACAUCUCAGAAAGCUUGGAUCGUCAAUUGAGAAUAUUGGUACAGAUUUUGCCGAUGGUAUCAAGUUGGCUCAAUUGUUGGAGGUCAUCUCCAAUGAUCCAGUCUUCAAGAUCAACAAGAAUCCAAAGUUGAGAAUUCACAACAUUCAAAAUAUCGGUUUGUGUUUGAAGCACAUCGAAGCCCACGGUGUCAAGUUGGCCGGUAUCGGUGCUGAGGAGUUGGUCGACCAAAACCUCAAGAUGACUCUCGGUAUGAUCUGGACCAUCAUUUUGCGUUUCGCCAUCCAAGACAUCUCGCUCGAGGAGUUGUCCGCCAAGGAGGCUCUCUUGUUGUGGGUCCAACGUUGCACCACACCAGCACCAUUCAACUUGAAGGUCAGCAACUUCCACACAAGCUUCCAAGAUGGUUUGGCAUUCUGCGCACUCAUCGCCAAGCACCGUCCAGAUUUGAUCAACUACGAAUCACUCAACAAGGAAGACAAGGCCGGAAACCUCCAAUUGGCAUUCGACAUUGCCGAGCGUGAAUUGGACAUCCCAAAGAUGUUGGACGUCAGCGAUAUGCUCGAUGUCCCAAAGCCAGACGAGCGUUCCGUCAUGACCUACGUCGCCCAAUACUACCAUCACUUUGCCUCGUCGCGUAAGGCCGAGUCCGCCGGUAAGCAAGUCAGCAAGGUUCUCGACUUUAUCAUGUCGAUCGAGCAAACCAAGACCGACUACAUCAACCGUGCCACCAACCUCGUCCAAUGGAUCGAAUCCACCAGCAACCGUUUGGGUGCACGUGAUUUCGGUGACUCUGUCGAGUCGGUCCAACAACACAUGGCCGCCUACAAGACCUACAAGAGCACUGAGAAGCCACCAAGAGGACAAGAGUUACUCGAACUCGAGACCAUCUUCAACUCGUUGCAAACCAAAUUGAAAUUGAAUCACCGUGAACCAUUCGUUCCACCACAAGGUUUGUUGCCAGUCGACAUCGACUCACGUUGGUCAAAGUUGGAGAAGGACGAGCAAGAACACAAUGAAGCUCUCCGUAAGGAGUUGAAGCGUCAAAAGCAAAUUGCUUAUCUCCUCCAAAAGUACAACCGUAUCAUCAAGAAGUUGGAAUCAUGGAUCGCCUCCAAGUCUGCCUACUUGACCUCCACCGAGUUGGGUGACUCGAUCACCGCCGUCCAAGCCAAGUUGAAGAACUUGGAAGCAUUCGAGGGUGAAUACCAGUCGUUGCAACAACAAUCCAACGCCGAUUUGACUUCGAUUCUCCAACAACUCGAAGCACUUGCCUACUCUGAGACUGCCGCUCUCUCUGCCAAGAAGGACAACUUCUUUGCCAACGAAUGGGCUCAGACUCAAACCACCGCCGACACCUACAAGAACUCUUUGUUGGAAGAGUUGGCCAAGCUCCAAAAGAUCGAAGACAUGUUGGUCGAGUUUGCCAAGCGUGCCGCUCAAUUGAAUGUCUGGAUCGAGUCUGCCGACGACACUGUUUCCGACCCAUUGAACGCCGACUCUGUUGAGGUUGUCAACGAGAUUCAGGCCAACUUUGAUUUGUUCCUCCAAGAGCAAUCUCAACAGUACGCCGAGUUGGAGGCUCUCGCCAACUUGACUCAAGAACUCAGAAAUUUGGGACGUGCCGAAAACUCAUACUCAAUCAUUUCCUACGAGGACGUCAGCAACAAGUGGAACGCCUUGUUGGCAUCGAUCGAGGAGCGUAAGGGACUUUUGGCCAACGAACUCCAAGUCCAAACCAACAACGACGCUCUCUGCCAAUCAUUCGCCGAGAACGCCCAAAAGGUCAACGAGUUUUGCACUCAACAAACCAGCGUUCUCUCAGAGAACAACUCAUCGAGUGCCGAGGAGCAAUUGAAGGUCGUCGAAUCCGUCUUGGCUGCCGCCUCACAAAACGAAUCACUCCUCAACGACUGUGUACAAUUGUCACACCAAUUGGAUGAGGCUCAAAUCACCGAUAACCGUUACACUCAACUCACCAUCGAGUCACUCAAGAUGAAAUGGGAGAAGUUCAUCACCCUCGCCAACAAAUCAGAGCAAGUCAUCCAAGGUGAGAUUCUCUCCAAGUCGCACACCGGUGUCACCGCCGAAGAGCUCGCCGAGUUCCGUGCUUGCUACAACCAUUUCGACAAGGAUCACAACAACUCACUCAACCGUUUGGAGCUCUCAUCGUGCUUGAAGGCACUCGGAGAGGAGCUCACCGACGCCCAAUUGGAUGCAGUCAUCGCCCAGAUCGCCGAUCAAAACGGUGACGUCGCUUUCGAGCCAUUCGUCGACUACCUCUCGAAAUCCAGAAAGGGAUCGGAUACCGCCGACUCUACCAAAGAGGCUUUCAAGACCAUGGCCGACGGAAAAGACUUUAUCACCGAAGCUCAAAUCCGUGCCGCCAUUCCAGACGCCCAAAAGGUCGAAUACCUCUUGGCCAACUUACCAAAGACCGCCGAAGGUUACGAUUACAAUACAUUCGUUGAGAGACAAGAAAAUGAAAUAGUAAUAAAUACCGAAUCAAUUUAUAGAAAUUCGAGGAAGGCUGGCUCGACAAAGAAAAAAGAACCAUUUAAAAGUCAUCCAGUAAUUGUUGUCUUGACUUCAAAUAAACCAAAACAUCUAGAUCGUUUGCUUGCAACUUUGGUGUCGAUUAACGAGUUGGACAGAGACAGAGUGUUAGUAUUCAACGAUGGUCUACAACCAAUAGAUUCCAUAUUGGAGAAAUACGAUAUUCAAAACAUUCAACAAAAUAAAUCGACGACAAAUAAAAAUAAAAAGAAUAAGAAAUUAUAUGAUAGUAAACCACUCCGAAAACCGAAUAUCACCGAACAUGAAGUGGCUAGUAGCGAUAUCGAUAAAUACCGAUACUCCAAUCGUUUGUAUCGCGAAGUGAUGUCUGUCGUUUUCGAAAAGUAUCCGGCUGCCAUCUUCUUGGAAGACGAUCUCAUUCCGUCAAUGGAUUUCAUCUACUAUUUCACAAAGAUGGAACCGUUGCUCUGGCAGGACAGCAAUCUAUUUUGUGUUAGCUCUUGGAAUGACAAUGCUUUUAGAUGGGCAGCCUAUCCGGUACAAAACUAUAUGGAGCAGAGAACACAUGCCGUACAAAAGAGCUGUAUUCCAAGAAAUAUGUACUCGGUCAAUCGCCAAUCUCACUUUGGAGGACUGGGAUGGAUGAUCAGCAAUCGUACCUACCAUGAAAAGAUUGCUCCCACUUGGGGUGACUUGGAAACACCAUGGGAUGUAUUUGUCCAGAAUUCAAUGGAGAUGAAAGACUAUUGUUUGUAUCCAGAAAUACCAAGAGUUCAACAUUCUACAAAUGCAAGCAAACAGCUUUCAGAUAUAUACAAUGGAGUUGAAGAUGAUGGAUGGUCUUACAUGCAAUUGUCUCUACCAAAAGUAACUUGGGAUGAAUAUUGUGAACAUGAAUUCGACUACCUUGUAGCCAAUGACUAUGACAAUCUGGUAGCAGACAUGUUGAACAAAUCCAUCAAAAUAGAAUCGAUUGAUUUACUACCGUUUUUUGAUCAAUUCUCAACGGCUUCAGAUCCAAAAUUGGUCUAUAGUAUAGUGGUAGAUGAUGUUGCAUUUGACAAUGAUCCUGCAUGGGAGAAGCAUUUGAAUCCACUGGCACUGGUUGGCCGUGGUAACGGUGGAAAUGUACGUGGUAUCUACAAAGGAGUGUUGAGUUUUAUUAUUCAUGGUUGGCGACUUGUAUUUGUUGGACGAUACUCAAAGUUCUAUGCGAAUAUUGAAUCGCUCGAAACAAUACGUGAAUCCGAUACGCUUUCUGAGAAACUGGAGUAUGAUAUCUCCAUUAGGACGGCUAGAUCGAAAGCCAAUAUUUUCAAGGUGUCAAACGAUAAGCUGUUGGUCCAACUACUAUCACUUACCAAUCAGAAUUGCAGGGAUGGCUGCGCCAAGAAUAGAAAAGGAGUCGAGUUGUUCUGUCAUGAAGCUGACCAACUUUUACUUCUCGAUAAGCAGGCGACGCUCUAUCUCUUUGAGAAAUCAUGUGACAAAGUCGAAGUUGUCAAGUCGGACUAUGCACCGCUCCGCCACGAUAACUACACAUGUGUGAUUCCAACCGAUCCUUCACAUCUCAGCUGCACUCAUCCUCCCGAGCCAGAUACAAUGAAAAUUUGUAUCUGUAGAAGAAUUAUCGAUAAAGAUAGAUAUAAAUAUCAUAUUUAA